AUGACCAUGAGUUCCUACUUGAUAAACUCCAACUAUAUCGAGCCUUCCUUUCCACCAUGCGACGAAUAUCAGCAGAGCGGAUACAUCCCCAACCCCGGUGAUUACUACGAGCGGCCAAAAGAUACGGGCUUCCCCCAUCACGACGAGCCAUCCUAUCCGAGGUCAAACUACACAGAAUCGGGCUACGAUUACGGUAACGUCCCCGCCACUGGACUCGACGAUUUCAGCGAUGGGCACCACGCACAGCCGCAACCGGUUCCACAGAGCCACGGUCCUCGCCUCACCGCGGCCCCAGACGGUGGCGCAGGGGCAAAUGCCAGCAAAGACUGCAGCCUCUCCGGUGAGGUUUAUCCCGGCGCAGCGAAGGGCAAGGAGCCGGUGGUCUAUCCCUGGAUGAAAAAGGUCCACGUUAGCAACGUCAAUCCCAAUUACAAUGGAGGAAUGCCCAAGAGGUCCCGCACUGCCUACACCCGCCAGCAGGCUCUGGAGCUGGAGAAGGAGUUCCACUUCAACCGGUACCUGACCCGGCGCAGGCGGGUGGAGAUUGCGCACACCAUGUGUCUGUCCGAGCGCCAGGUUAAGAUCUGGUUUCAGAACCGGAGGAUGAAGUGGAAGAAGGAGCACAAGCUUCCAAACACCAAGAUCCGCUCCUCCAGCUCGGCCUCAUCCUCAGCCUCGGGGCCCCAGCAGCAGCAGAUCAAAACAGGCCAGCAGCUUGUCCCCACGCCGUGCACCGCGGGUCUAUAGUGCCUGAAUGAACCCCAACCCCACAGAAAACCCCCAAUCCAGACUGAGAUGGCAAAUAUCACAAGUGGAAUUUGAUGGACCGAUUCUCAGUAUUUUACACACAUGGUGUUAUCUCUUUGCCUCUGCCAUUGGGCCCCUGUCACGUCCUUUGUACCCUUUUCCCUCUCCGGUCGCCCUCUUCAUAUAAGCUUGAAAAUCACCUUUAUUUGCCACGGUGGCAACUGAAGUGUUUAUAUAUUUGUUUAUUAUUAUGAAAGAAGGAUAACGCACAUUCAAACGUAGGACUUGGAUCAAAAAUGUAUCAUUACAGUUAAAAAUUGAGUGAGGUAAAAGUAAGUUUGAACUCAUUUUUACUAUGUUCUCUUUGAGUAUUUUUUUUCUUUUUUUAUCAUUGCUCAUGGAAAGCUCUAAUAUACUUGAAAGAUAUUUAGCGAGACUCUAGAUGCCAGUUAGACGGCUGUUUUUAGAGGUAUGGCAUCAGUCAGAGUAACAGUGUAGUUUGUGUGUUUGAGUGGGUUGGUUUACUGUUGAAUGUAGUCCAGGUGACUUUCACAUGUAAUGUACAUAGGCAAAUCAUAAUGAAGGCACAAUAAGGAAAAGCAUUUCGUCAAGUAGAAUUCUGUUUGUUGGUGUUGUAGGUUUAUUUGUGCUAGUCCGUCCCAUGUUGUGCUGUGUUCUAAACUGUGAAUAUUUGUAUGUGUCGUCUCAGUAAUGCCCGUUGUGAUGUAGGCUAGUAUAGGCUCAAUCUGUCCUUGUGAAAUAAAUAUGUACUUCACUUAUAA